ACAUACAUACAUACAUACAUACAUACAUACAUACAUACCUACAUACAUACAUACAUACAUACCUACAUACACACAGUCAAUCAAUCAAAUGACAUUUCCUGCCACUCAACGCCAAUCAAUCAUUUUGACUUUCUCUCUCCGGAAUUUGAAUGGACAUUGCUAUCUUCCGACAUGGGAACAUGCUUCCCUGCUUCCUGCCUCCCCCAGGGUAGCCUGUCGGUGAUAACAUCAUGUCGCCUAUUCGGGUCAAUAUAUGGUCCUUUGCUGGCAUAUAUGCAGUCGUUCGCCAGCUUCAUAUCCCCAGUCCACCAUGUGAGUACAGUGCGAGUGCGUAUCCAACAGGAGGUGAAGAGUAAGAACAAAAUGGGGUUCAACAACUGGUUUGUGUGUACCCCACAGUACUCUAUUUCCCCCGCAUCUUGAUCUGCAGAAGCCUGCAAUUCUCGACAAUUCAACCGCUUCGGAAAAACUCUCCCUCGGUAUAUCCAUUGACCGAGUUUUGGAGAAUCAACUACUGAUGCGACUUUGAGUUCGUUCCUGAAAGUGUACAAAUGGCGUGGGUUUCCGCUGAAAUUCGAUCGACAACGAAGCAUCGUGCGCUCAUACAGAGUGCUGCUCUCAAAUCAUGGCCAUCAUCAAACGUUUAAUUGCGCUUGUCGCACUUUCCCUUUCCUUAGAUUUGGUUUCUGCUCAAGCAUGCUGGAAAAACACAACUUGCAGCGGACCUCUGGAAGCUGCCUUUCCAGGCCCUUGGGAUGCAAAUAUCUAUGCGCCUUCGAGUCGCCAGGUAUCUCCGAAAUCCGUCUUAUCCGCAACAACCGGAGCUGUUCUAUCUAGCUUCACGGGAUCGAUUGGACUUUCUGGCAAUGGUUCGAAAUAUACUCUUGACUUUGGUAAAGAGGUGGGCGGACUCGUGACCCUCAAAUACACUUCCUCGGGGCCUGGUGCAAUCGGGCUGGCAUUUACAGAAGCCAAAAAUUACAUCGGGGAAUGGUCGGACUCGUCCAAUGGAGGAUUCAAAGGACCAGAUGGCGCUAUCUAUGCAAAUUUCACAUCAGCUGGCACGGGAACAUAUACCAUGCCGGAUCUUUCGCUUCGUGGAGGUUUCAGAUACUUGACUUUGUUCUUGCUUACCGAUGGUACCACGAAUGUCAAUAUCAGCAGCAUCGUUCUUGAGAUUGGAUUCCAGCCAACGUGGUCAAAUUUACAAGCAUACCAAGGAUAUUUUCACAGCAGCGAUGAAAUGCUGAACAAGAUUUGGUACUCUGGUGCAUACACGCUGCAAACAAAUGCAGUUCCUGUAAACACUGGACGUCAAAUCCCUACUGUUAAAGUGGGAUGGGCAAACAAUGGUACUAUGGGACCGGGUGAUACCAUCAUUGUGGAUGGCGCAAAGCGGGAUCGAGCUGUUUGGCCUGGUGACAUGGGUAUUGCCGUUCCAUCGACAUUUAUUAGUAUUGGUGACCUCGUCAGUGUCAAAAAUGCACUCCAGGUCAUGUUCAACUACCAGAACAAUGUGACGGGCGCAUUUCCAGAGGCAGGGCCACCGUUGCUACAGCUGGGCUCUGAUACAUAUCAUAUGUGGACUAUGAUUGGAACUUACAACUAUGUUCUUUACACCAAUGAUACUUCGUUCCUUUUGCAAAACUGGGCGAAGUAUAAAUUAGCGAUGAAAUAUGUUUAUGGAAAAGUCAGCGCUCCUGGGCUCCUCGAGGUGACAGGUAUUCGUGACUGGGCCCGUUGGCAACAAGGUUUUAAUAACAGUGAAGCACAAAUGAUUCUCUAUCGAACUCUUCUUACUGGCGCUGAUCUGGCCAAAUGGGCUGGUGAUACUACUAAUUUGACCGCGACAUGGACCAGUCAGGCGGCUUCUCUUAAAACAGCCGUCAAUAAAUACUGCUUCGAUUCAUCUUAUGGAUCUUUCAAAGACAACGCAACGGCAACUACAUUACAUCCUCAAGACGCAAAUAGCAUGGCUCUUUUAUUCGGAGUUGUUUCUCCAACUUCCCCUACAGCCCAGACUAUUUCCACCAACCUUCUCAAGAAUUGGACCCCAAUCGGAGCUGUCGCGCCCGAACUUCCAGAAAACAUAUCCCCUUUCAUAUCGAGUUUCGAGAUUCAAGCCCACUUUACCAUCGGAGAAACGAGUCGUGCGCUCGAUCUCAUUCGUCGAUGUUGGGGUUGGUAUCUCAACAACCCCAACGGAACCGAAAGUACAGUUAUCGAAGGGUAUCUCCAAAAUGGUACCUUUGCGUAUCGAUCAAGCAGAGGUUACAUGUACGAUACCUCAUACGUAUCUCACGCACAUGGCUGGUCUUCAGGUCCCACAUCUGCCCUGACAGAAUUUGUAUUGGGUCUUAGUGUUACUAGCCCCGUGGGCAAAACUUGGAAAUUAACACCACAAUUCGGAGACUUGACGAGUGCAGAAGGUGGAUUUGUGACUGCAUUAGGGAAAUUCCAAGCGGCUUGGAAACUUACAAAGACGGGAUACACGUUGGAUUUUGCGGUGCCGGAAGGAACCUCAGGGUCGUUGAUCUUACCGGUAAGAAAGGCGGGGGUGGUGCCAAGUAUUGUUCUAAAUGGGAAGGAAAUCAAGGGGUCAAAGGACUUGAAGGUUGUGAAUGGGGGUGUGGCACUGGAGACUAAUGGUGGAAAACAUAGUAUUGUUGUGCGUUGAAGAUCUCUGCGCUACCUUUGAACAUUUAUUUACCACAACACUAUUAAGACUCGGACACCCCAGUAUGCGAUCUAUCUGAUCUGCAUUUUAAAUCGUGGCUGUGAACA